AAAGUUGGUAAGUCUGAUGAUCCAUCAGAUUUUAGAGCUAAUCAUGAGAAUGGAAGGUUGCUGAGAUCUAGAAGUGUUGGUGAAUCUCCGCUCCUUUCAAGGUUAUGUACUGAGUGUAGAAUGACCGCUGGUUCUACAGUUCCAAAUUUAUCUAGCCGCACUGAUCAGCAAACACUUUCAACACACCAACGGAAUACAUCGUUUAAAGGGAAAUAUGAAAGCAAGGAUUCAUGUGAAGAAACAAAUAUAGACCAGCUAGCCAAGGAUUUGGUUUCAAAAAUUGAUAAAGAAUCAUAUUGUCAAGAAGUAUCAGAUUCCUUGAAUGAAGAGUCUGAAGAAACUGUGAAUAUAAUACAAGAAUCUGUGAAAGUGUCCUGGUUCCAACUACAGCUGAUCAGAACAUCACGAGCUAAACGAACAGAUUAUCAACAACUUAGGAGAUCUGUACACCAGGAUGAUGGUGAUCUCUGUUCUCUUUUAUUUGAAGAUCCUUCUCUCUACAGUGAUUCUGAUCUAAAAGAUAGAAUAUAUUUAGAACUCUUAUAAAACUCUUAUUUAACAUAGUGUUAUUUAGUUCCAAUUUUACUAGCAAUGCAUACACAAUCUAAAACUCUAGUGCUUUCAAUAUCUCUGUAUAACGUAAAUUAAUUAAAAUGUAAAAUAAAACAAUUUUAGGUAAAGUUUAGUAAAAUCCCUGAUGGGUAUUUUUUCUUAUUUUUUAUAUGAAUAUAAGGCGAAAACAAAUUUCUGCUACUUUACCAGUGCAAGCCUGCAAACAUAGAUUAUUUUUUUCUUGUUUUUUUACUCAUUGUUCUAAUUUUACUAAUUGUGUACCUGUUAUGUCAAA